CCUGGACUUCAAACAGGUUGAAUGUUUUGGUUUAGCCUACAGUACUAGCUAUUUUAAUAAAAACAUUUAGGCUAUUGAAAGAGUUUAACAGCGAUUUAAGUGUAGCGUACUGGAAUAUUUUCUUUAAAACAAACAGUGACUCGCUGUUUGACGGUCACUGUAGUUGAUAAGGAUGCUUUUCGGUAAGGAAGCUAACAUUAGCUGGUCGGCUAACGCGGCUUCGGUAACAAAUAUGACGAUAAUUGUGACGCUAAAGAUGAUGAGGAGGAGCAGUGUAUAGAAAACACCGAGCGGACAUUGGAUCGCGCUGAUUUCCUGCUUGUCAAUCAUUGUUCUGUAGGGGUCUCCUGUCUUUGUGUCUGGUUAGCCACUGAACGCACCAGAUAAAGGCAAAACAUCCGGCUGUUUUUAAUCUUUGGAGCAGCGAGUUGCUCCUCCGUGACUUUCUUCCAAUGGGGGAGGAAAAGCCGGACACCCUGGAUUUUGUGAAGGAUUUCCAGGAGUAUCUCAGCCAGCAGACUCAACAUGUCAACAUGAUAUCAGGCUCUGUUAGUGGCGUUAAAGAGGUGGACGAGCUGCCAGCAGAAUGCAGCCAGAAUGGGCUGGACCAUCCUUCAGUGGACAUGUCGCUGGAAGAAAGCUCUGGCAUCUUAGUUGAUGGCUUCGAGAGGACCUAUGAUGGCAAGCUGAAGUGCCGCUACUGCAACUACGCCACACGAGGGACAGCUCGACUCAUUGAACACAUCCGCAUUCACACAGGAGAGAAGCCUCACCGCUGCCACCUGUGCCCAUUUGCAUCAGCCUAUGAGCGCCACUUGGAAGCUCACAUGCGGUCACACACAGGUGAGAAGCCUUACAAAUGUGAGCUCUGCUCGUUCCGCUGCAGCGAUCGCAGCAACCUGUCUCAUCAUCGGCGCAGACGCCACAAACUCCUGCCGAUGAAAGGUGCUCGGUCCCUUUCUCAUAAGAAGAUGCUGAGUGUUCUGCAGAAGAAGGCCAGCUCUCUCGGCUACGGUCGACGGCUCCUCAUCAACUUCAGCCCCCCUUCAAUGGUGGUGCACAAAGCAGACGGUGUGAAUGACUUCUCCCAUGAGCUUCCCCACUUGCGUCAAGAAACCUUCGAGAACCAGAGUGAAGCGAUCGGGGAUGGGCUCUCCUCUAAUCCAAAUCACACUCACCACGAGAUGGUUAUGGAUAACCCUCUGAACCAACUGUCCACCCUGGCAGGCCAGUUAGCCAGCCUUCCCUCAGAAUCCCAGGCCCAGACUCAGCCCCCUAUGUCUCCAGGAGCAGAGUCCAUAGUGGAUGAAAAACCCUUCCUCAUCCAGCAGCCGCACCCCGCCACAGCUCCUGUUGCCGUCACAGCUAGCAUUGCUCACGCUGCCUCUUCUUCCCCCAUCACCCCAGAGCCCAGGGCCCCUCCACACAGUAACUGCAGUCCUGCAGGUGGUCCGUGUAGCGAGCACAGCGGGCGUACCAGCACUCCAAGCAUAUCCAACAGCCAACCCAGUACCCCGGCCCCAGGCCAGUCUGCCCCAAUGCAGGACCCCCACACGCUUCAUCACUGCCAACACUGUGACAUCUACUUCCCUGACAACAUCCUAUACACCAUCCACAUGGGUUGCCAUGGCUAUGAAAACCCAUUCCAGUGCAACAUCUGUGGCCAUAAGUGCAAGAGCAAGUAUGACUUUGCCUGUCACUUUGCCCGCGGGCAGCACAAGUGAUCGCUAAGAACAUUUUAGCACAUGGCUUGUUUUGACCCAAUACAAGUUUUAUUUUUUUGUUCUUUAACUUGGCCUGUAUGUAGCAUAGUCUUUAAAAUUUUACUUGCACACAUCAGUGCUAACAGUCAGAGUUAUUUUUCCUUUUAUACUUAUCGAAGUGCCCAUUCUAGUAUAUUACAGCUGCGUCAUCAGUGCUUUUGACAUCUUGAGAAUCUGUUUGCAGUGAUGGUGAAUGUCACAUUUAUCUAGAUCCAUGUCACUUGAUUACUAUUUAUUUAGAUAUGCACAAAAUUCUGCUAAACAAAUUUCCACAUUUGAAAUGAAGUUUAGUGAGUGGCUAUUUACUAAAUACCUAUUCAGUUUCCUCUGUUGGAUUUGAAGCAUAUCUAUUUUUAAACGUAAACACUAAAAUAUAUAAUGGUAUAAUGAUGAAGUCAGAUGUGUUUGCUGGAGCAAUACGAUUUUAAAAUUUGGUCAUAGCAUCUUUUCGCAAUAGAAAAACACUGUCAGGGGUUUACAUGCACUCAGCUUUGCUAUGAAUGAAACAUUUGUGAAGCUGGUUGUUUUCUGGCUUAUAUUCGUCUUUUAAGCAACGCCAAUGAAUUGCCAAGGUUGAAGUCUGAGCUUUGGUACCUCUUCCAGAAGAGGUUCUGGUGUGCUUCACAGAUUCCAGACUCUAUGGAUAUUUUAUACUGUUUGAACACU